UUUCACUGGUGCUGACCUAUAACCGAAGAAACGGAUGCUCUCGAGAUUGAAUAACAAGAGAAAGAAGAGUGUACUAUUGGGAUUGAGUUUUCCUAUCGAAUAUUACGGAAAAGUGCGAUUUUCCUUUUACAAUCAGCAGUGAAUGGUUUGAAAAAUCCUGGAAACCAGUCGGAAAACUGUAGAAGAAUAUGGUGAUACAUACUGCAAAAGGAAUGGGCAGAAAAGUGUGACUUUCUGGCCAGUAUAUUGGUGAAGAAAAUUUCGAAGAAGAUUUCAAUACUUGAAUGUCGCAUUGCAGAUGUUGUAGGAAAAUUGUUUGGAAAAUUCUGUUGGUUGACAAGUGAAAAAUCGAAGGGAAAUUUCGUGCGGCAAACUCCUUUUCAGCUCAUAGACUGGUUUUACACUGUGAAUCAAGUGGAACAAAGUAGCAUCUUAAUAGUAUUGAAGAGUCACACUUGAACGAAAAAACCAGCGAAUAAGAAACACCAGAAAGAGCUGAAUAAUUGAUCCAAUGAUAAAUUAAAGUAAUGCGAAUGCUUCUCCAUCGAGUGUUGCGUUGAGAACAGCAUUUACAGAAAAAUAUUCAUCGACACAUGCUUAUGUGGUCCAAAGCAACCGACGCUGCAGCCCUGUGAAAUUCGCGAGGCAUUAGGAUAACCAUUUUUUCUACCCAAUAGUAAACCAAACAAAAUACCAUAUAAUAAUGGAACGAAGGCAUUGGAUUCUAAUUCCUCUAGUGCUAGUUGGAGUGUUUUGGUUUUGGAUCCCGCAGGUGUCAGCAGAGUGCCAAACUCGGUCGAUAUACUGCUAUGAGUGCGAUAGCUGGACGGAUGCCCGCUGCAAGGACCCAUUCAACUACACAGCGCUUCCCCGCGAUCAACCCCCACUGAUGACGUGCAACGGAUGUUGCGUAAAAAUGGUGCGACACUCGCGGACGCCUUAUGAGGUUGUAAGACGGAUGUGCACAUCACAGUUACAGAUAAACUUAUUUAUGGUAGAUCAUGUGUGUAUGAUGGAAAGUUCAGGCAAUGGUCAUAUGUGUUUUUGUGAGGAAGAUAUGUGUAACUCAAGCCCUAGUGUACUCGUUCCCAAUCAUCUAAAUGUGAAAAUAUGCAUCACUAGCAUGCUUGCAGUGUUUCUGUUGAACGCUAUACAAAGGUUAUUUCGGUAAGCCGCGGAUCCACGGCUUGAUCCGUUCCCCUAAGAAAGAAUAGUCAGUAGUUAAAAAACGGACUCCCAACACCCUUGGAAGGCACGAAUGUUUUCAAAAUUCUUCAUAGGCGUCCCUGAAUACGAAUUCCCUAACAGCAUACCAUGGGUACACAAUUUGUGCUGCAGCAAACACUAUUUCCACACACAUUUGUUACACGCACACAAACAAAUUUAGUACCAUCCAGACCAUAACAAAUCUAAACAUGUUGGUUGCGUUGAACCACGAUUCUGAUAAUUUGGUUAAUUGAUAGUUUAUUCUACAAUUUUUAAUUUGAAAACCUAAUGUUUCAGCCCUCUUGAUCAAUUAUAUUUCGAACCUUGUAUUGAAGCGAUGCGAACUGUUGGGCAAAAACAGAACUUCACUGUUAUUGAAAUGCCAAGUUUUGUACUCUCUUUGAAUUUCUUAGAAUGUUCUUAGUUAUUAUCCCUUAAUUCUGUGAUUCGUUUUUAAAUAGCCGUUAGAAGUCAAACAACGUAAGUUAUUCAUCUUCAUUUCUUGUUCUUCGACCCCGACAAAACAAACAGCUGACUAGAGAAAACUUCAAUCCAUUUGUAUUUUUCAUAAAAAUUCACAUCAAUACCUAACUCAUAUUCUAGUGUAAAACCUUUCGAUAACUGCAUGCGAGCAUAUGAUAGUGUUUGAAUUCGUUUCUUUUAUUUCACCUAAAUCUGUUAAUGAACUAAUCACAAAACACUUGAAUCCAUACUAAUGAAUAAAUUUGAACAGAAGCAAUUCGUUUCUCUUACAUUGAUAGAUACCAAGUUGAUUGAUUAAUUUUCGUUUCAUCACUAUUUUUCAUAGACAUAGUAAUCGUUUAGAAAAGUUUAAAAUAAUGGCCAACGAAAUGCUCUAGCAACGCAGAACAAUGAAUUUAAUGGGCUAAAUAUAGUACUAGCCUGACUCUAAAGAUAAUACUAGUUUGAUAAAAACCUUGUAAUACGUAGAUCUUGUUCAACCCCUUUUUACUAUUGGUAAAUUUUGUAUUCCAUUUUUUCUUGUUGAGAAAUUUUCUAUCCACUUCUUUAAUAUUCCAGCUGAUGAAUUUUUCAUUUAGAAUUAGUGCCGAUCCCUUGUAACUUUCAAAGACACUGUGAACAACGUUCAAUUGUGUAAAGUUAUGCAUCGCUAAAUAUCAGGGGGCUCCAAAUGAAAACUUAAUCGAUUUACUCCCCGUAAACGCAAGUCACUUCUAUAUUUACAAAAAACGAUUUUGGAAUAACUUGCCUUUAGAGGCUUCGAGUUACGGAUAUUAUAUUGACUGCGAUAAACAAAUAUAAAAGGCUACUUAGCACGAUUGAUCAUUGAACACGAAAAGAGGAUCCUUCACAGAUAUCUUACAUACAAACCAGAUGAAGAUCAAACACACACUGUGCUAACGGUGACAUCACAAGUAUCAUUAACUUUGUUCAUCCUAGUAUCUGGGUAUAGUAUAACGUAUUUUUCCUUAAAUAUAACUAAUUAUUCGGUUUUUCACAAACUUGUAGAUUGAUUAUUUACUUACAUUUAUUUAUUUGCUCACUCUGAUAAUAUGGUUUGUUCGCUUCCUUGGGGCAGGAAGCGUUGACUAAAAAUUUCGAAGAAUUCAAAAAACGAAGAAAACGUUCUAAGUUUCCUUCGUUACCGGGAGAAUUAUGCGGACAAAUACAAUGCAAAAUUUUAAAAUGAUUGAUCCAGCAAAUUUUGAGUUAUUAUGUAAUGGAUUUGGAAUAACGGACUGAAGGCAUAAAAGGUUGUGUUGCCGCGAACACGCAUGCACCAGAAUGGCUGUAGCAGCUUUUGACGAGACUUUUAAUGCAUUUUCAAACCACAAUUGAUGGAAGUGCGGCCAGCAUGCGUGGCAAACUUUUUUCAACCAAAAACUUUGAAUUCAAAUCCAAUAUCUUUCGAUUCAAUUUUACAUUUUUACAUUUAAAUCACCAGACCUCAAAACGUUAUACGUCGUUUUGGUUAUUCCCUGAUGCUACCCCCAUUCUAUAUUAUUUUAAUUUCAAGUUACACAUCUUAUGAUUUGAUUUCACUCAAAACCGUUAGCAUCGUGUUUGAAAUGUAGAGCUAGCCGGUAGAGCAGAUUCCACCAGAAAAUAUUCUAAACGCCACGGAAGAGUGUAAAUGGGCAUAUAAUAGUAAACUAAACAUAAUUACUCAUAAUCACUGCUGUGACGCAGAAAGCAUGCAGAACGUUGUAGUUUGUAUAUACUGAGACAAAAUCAAAUUCUCGUGGGCUUGUAAAUAUACAGUUACUGUUUUCAUUCUGCCUCCAUACCGCAUAGUUAGAAAAUAGUUCUAGAACAAAGUUUAUAGUGUUACUUUACUGGAGUGUAUGCAGCAGCUGUUGCAUGCGUUUUCACAUUUACUUUCAGAAAAGGACAAAAUUCAUAAAGAAAAAUAGUAUUUCCAUCAUCACUGCAAAAAUAUGCAAUUUUAUUCUAAUAACCUUCGUGUUAAUCUUUCUGAUGAUGUUUAUUUGUAGUGUUAGCUAGACUUAUUUAGUAUAAAUAACGAAGCUUACCUCAAUGAAUGCUAUGAUAUAUUUUUAUAACAGACCCUAAAUAGUUAGAAAACAAUACAUGAAUAUUUAGUCCACAUAGGUCCCGACGGAAUUAAAAACCGAAUGACGUAAUAUCUUUAACAAAUCAUUGGGUCCCUAGUUACUUAUUUUCCCUAGUAAUAAUCGUUUCCAGAAUAUAAACUCUCCAGCUGGUUUGUAAAUAUAUGCAUUUUCGUCGUCCUUUUUUGUGGCCAGUAAGAAUUGCAGUGGAAAAUUUUCUUUGAAAAAUUCCACAAUGUCAUGAUUGUGAUUUGAUUAUUUUACUAAACUGAUAGCAAAUAUUUACAACACCAUUCAUAUUCAAUCCAACCUAUCAUUAAUAUCGGGAAACUACAGCAUCUUUGAUGAAAUGGUCAUGAUUCACGGAACGAAACAUACCUUUAUAGAUAUCAUAUUUCAUGAUUGGUAAUUAUUUGGGAGUGCGUGACGUUAGGCACUUGUGUGUUAGGUAUGCAUACAUUUGGCGUAAGUACGUUAGGCAGAAUGGACGAUUGGCAUAAUGUACUUUAGACAUAACCAACGAUUGGCAUUAUGUACAUUAGGCAUAAUGGACGAUAAUAAUAAACAAAACAAAAUGGUCGUAUAGCUUUUUUCGCUAUGGAAAUUUCAACGGUAGGUUGUUUUUUUGGGUUAGGAAAAUCUAUGCUGUGCUACAUCAUCGUCUUGCAUAGCUUUAACGAGAGACAGCAAAAUAAACAAUACUAUGCAAGUUAUUGAACCCUUAACCGCGUAGAUUCCUUUUUUCCUUAUUUCGUGGUAUGGCAAAGGUAGAACUGGAGAAAACUUCAUUUAAGUCAAGGCUAUUGGAUGUAUUACUGUUACUAUUGUAACCAAAUAUUGAUGAAUGCACAAUAAUGAACAACGAUUGUUUUUGUUUUCAUUUUAGAGGCUUCCGCUGUUAGCUGGCUCGACUAUAAGCAGACAUUAAUUAUCGGAGCUUAUGCAAAAUGUUAUGCGGAUGUUACAUUCGCAGCGGUACCUUUUCUAUUUCGGUAACUCAUCAUAGUACAUGGACAAUUCUCUCUCUCUCGUAUUAAAAAGAUUGGUUAAGUAGCAUCAGACAGUUUCGAAGGCAAAAAAAAUAAUCGUUGAACUAAAUAAUAUUGGAGAAAUCAUUGUAGAAGCCAUAUUUAUUCAUUGAAUGAAUAGUUAUAAAAUUUAUCAUCCUUCAUUUCAUGAGCUGUGCUUCAGGGAAAAUAUUUGCUUCUUGAAUAAUUGUAACAAACAUGUAUGUAAGCAAUAUUCAAAGUAUAUGUAAAAUUUCUGCAACUACAUAUAAAUGGGUUUCCCCAUGUAAAGCGUUCGCUUAUGUUAUUUGAGCAAAAUGUUUAUACAUCAAGAUAAAAACUUGAUCGAGUUUGUUUAGCUUACAGCGUAUUUUUACAAGCUCAAAAAAGGACAAACAUCCACGCUCUUACCACCCAACGUCAUUGCCGCACAAAUAUGAGUUUCUUUAAUUAACACAUCAACAUGUUGAUUUAUGCCACACGUCCAUUUUUCCAAUCAUCCAUUACGCCUAAUGUAUAUUAUGCCUAACGUCCAUUAUGCCUAACGUAUUUAUGCCUAAGGUAUUCAUACACCCAAUAUUAAGUACCCACUGCUCGUUCGACUAACCACAAUGAUCGUUGUUGGUUACCAAUAACAAAAUUCGACAAUAACAUUACCAUAUAUGACCAAAUUCAACGAUUUUGCUAACUUCGACGUUUCGUGGAACUACUUACAUCUCGACCGACUGGAAACAUCCAGCUAUUGUGAACAUAAAUUUUUCAAUAUGAACGAAAUUCCGUCCCAGUGUAAAGUGUGUACGUACUUAUACCAAAGUAUCUAACGCUUUUUUCAUGUAAUGAACUAGUGAUUCUUGCAUUUGAAUUUUGAUAUUAGAAGCUAGAUAAACGAAAACAAAAACAGAUUUCAUACCAAGACAAACAGAAAAAACCACUGUUCCAAUGAUACAGGAAACAAAAAUAUAAGGUAGUGCGAAUUGCAAGCUUAGUCUAUAUACAACCAUUGAUAGCAAUAGAACACACUAGAACCGCUAUUGAAGACAACCAAAAAUGAUGAAACGAAAUAAGAAUUAGAUUGGCGAUCAAAAAAUGCAAUAUAACUAGUGAACUGUUCUUCUAAUUUCACUCGAGCAUACGUAGAUUUGUCUUUUGUAUGCGAUUAAUUCUCCGCGGGAAGUUCCAUUCAAUAAGAAACGUUUUGAUAAAAAAAAAUAAUGCUUAUGGUUGUCAAGUACUGUAAGAACACACGAACAAACAAAAGAAACAGGAUAUACAUACAUUUUUGGACAGAUUUUAUUGUUAAACCAAGCAAAAAUAAAUAUCCGUGAUACUAUUUAGAUAUACUGGAUUGGUAUUCAAAACUUCAUAAAAACGAGAAAAAUAUAAGCAUUUGAGUCAAGAAUCAUCAUGUUUGAACAUUUAUUCCUUCGGUUUAACUAUCUGGCUGCUAUGCCGGAAUAAGUUCGCUCCCAAGACACUUCAAAAUCAUGAAAAUUUUGUCAGACAGUACACGACACGAUCUUUAACCGCCCGAUUCGGUUCUGUUUGUCGGCAGGGAUGCCAACCUUCCAGAUUUCUCUGGAUUCCUCCAGAUUUUUAAGCGUCGUCCAGACAUACAGAUUUAUUUUUGUCUGAUCCAGAUUUCAGAGAUUUUAUCCAGAUGUAUCCAGACAAUAUGAAAAAUAACUAAAUCAAUUACAAGAAGGCUUCGUUGAUUCUUAAACCACUAUUUGAAAAUAGUUGGGAACACCACAUAUCAAAGUUUUUUCGCUGAACGUCACCUAAAUUUUCCGAAUUUUCGUCAGCUGGAAGUUCCGGCAAUCCAAAAUGCAGAAUCCCUAGAAAUUCAAAUUUAAUCUAUUUCACGGAUUCUCUAAGCUGAAAAUUAAGCAUUUGAAAUAUAAAAGGGAGCGCAACUAUAGAAUUUUCAGUAUGUCGAGACAUAUUUGUUUGACAACCAAACAUAUUCCAUCAAUAAAAUGUACAAAUACAGCUCAUAGAUGGAGCUUCCUAAAAAUAGCCCAACCAUCAAGACACCAUAAAUUGGUCUCAAUAACCCAUAAAUACACCAACAUAUGGUAUUUUAUAUGGGAUCUACCGGACCAUGGUAAUGGUGUUUUCAUGGAUUGAGCCCAUUUCAAACACCCAUAUCAAGCCCCAUGAGCAUGGGUGUAUUAUGGGCUUUCCGUUUGCUCGGGCAUCCAGACAAUUCCAGACUUUUUCAAAAAAAUAUUACAGAUUUUCUGGAAAAAACACUUGGCAUCCCUGUUUGUCGGUGCGUUAUCGCGUUGAAGGCUUCGCGUCCCUUCGGAAUAUCGUGAAAAAAAUCUUUUCCGCGUUGUCAAAUUCGCUUCUCUAUCGAAAAUCGUGCCGUGACAGUCGAGCAUCAGACUGACUUUUUUUUAGAAUUUUGCACUAUCAGUGGAGUCCAUAAUUCGGAUAGUUUUUGCAUACAUAUUGAAAAGGUCCUAUGUGCACAUGAGAGCCUCUCUUUGUUUACAUUCUCUUUCACUAAUAACUCGAUCGCAUUUCCGAUUGCUGUUUAACUCUCAGCAUAAUAUGCUAGCCGAAAUCGUACUCUUCCGAUAUGUACCGGAAGUCCGGAAAAUCAUUGGAAAGAAUAAUGGCGAAGCUGUAAUAAUCGAAAGAGAUAGUAAACACAGAGAUGCGCUCAUUUGCACAUAGAGCUAUUUCAAUAAGUAUGCGAGAUUUGUAAUCUGUUUCCCUGCCUAUUAUGUUCGAACAGGAAUGUGUUCUCUAUUAAGGUUGAACAGAGAAAGGACUAAAAUCGAAAACGAAAAAAGGCAGUUUUUUCCACACCGUGUGUUAGAUCUUCAUAAAAAUCAAUCAGCAGUACUGUAACAACAUUCUACAUAAGCUGAUUGAUUUUUAUGAAGAUCUAAUACACGGUGUGGAAAAAAACUGCUUUUUUCGUUUUCGAUUUUUCCCCAUUCUCCCUUUUUUUCCUCACGAAAUAAUUCGACACUAUUUCUUUUUUUAACAAGAAUAGAAAGGUCAAUUGGAAGAUGUUUCUACAUAUAGAAUUGAGUCAUCUGGUUAAAAGCAAGCUGGUAGAAAAAUUCGUGCUCUUCCUUCAUAAAUACCCUGAACUUAUAUGGUUGAGUACUGUCGCAUGCGGUUGUAUGGUUAUCGUACACCACUAGCAGUCUUGCAAUCGCAGGUUCCUCGAUCUUUUUUUUUUACUUGAACCAAUUUCCACCGUAUUUUUUUGCUAGUUCACACCCACGUUGUAGAUUAAAACAAUUAAUCCCAACAUGCGUAUCGAAUCACAUUUCCGUUUAUUCAUCCUUUGUUCACGCCCAGAGUUAAAUUGAUGAAGAUAGACAAACGUUUGAAAUAUUGGAAUAAGCUGAAAUAUUGCAUGUUUUAACCCAUUUUAGACUGCUUAAUGCUUCGUAAUUCUUUUUAAUGCAAUGACUGAAUGUGUUCUGUUAUUAUUUCUGUGAGUGGCAUUGAAAUUUUAACUUGUUACACGCGUUAACAUAAGCUUCGUCGCUGCAUGCUACACUUAACUGUUUGCUUCUAUGUUAUUUUUUGUUGCGUGUCCUAAUACUUUAUUCUAUGACUAAAAGUAAUUCAAAGAUGUACAAAUUUUGUCCAUAAUAUUAAUACUUUGUAGCUUAACAUGUUUAAAAAAAUGAUGAUACCGUCUAGAACUUCGGAACUCACGGAAAUUAACAAUCCAACACAUUUUAAACGGUUUUAUUGAUUGCAGUACUAGGGAAGUUUUUGCUCAAAAGUAUUGAUAAAUUGUAUGCUGCAGUUGCUGUCGAAUUGACUUAAUGAAAAGCGUUUUCAUGGUCCGUGGAAAUUUGCUUUUCAUUGUCGAAACUAUUAUUUCCUCUAUCUAUCGGAGUGUAACAACUAAGUAAGAAAGAUUGGAACACUGGAGUUAUCAGUUUCAUUUAAAGAUCUUUUUUGUUGGAUGUAUCUUCUGUUAUUAUUUCCAUUGUUUCAAGUUUUAACAACUCCUUUUCAAAUUGUUGAACAAUUAGUCAAAAACUUAUUUGUGUGUAUCACCAAAAUAUUCGAUAUCACGAAACACUAAAAUUGAAAGCCGCUAUGCUGGGUUUGAGAAAUCGACAGAAUUAGAUCAUACCACGAAAGUUUACAUAUGAGCAGAUAACAUCAAAAUCGUCACGAUAAUAAAUUGAACACUACUACUGUAUGUGCCAUAAAAAUACGAAACAAAAGUGAUUAUAUCAGGACUGUUUAUAAAAAUAACGAUACAUAUAAGAAAUCUCGACAAACAUAUGAUUAUCAACAUUCACUUUGAGUAGAAGUUUUCUCUUUCAUUAUCAGCUGUGAAUUGUGUUCGGCCAACAACGGUUUAUCCGGAAUUUCCAUUCAAAGAGAAUUUUGAAAGUUGACUGAUCAUAUCAUAUCAUUGUCGAGAAAUGUUCUGAAUAUGUUGUUCAAAUUAUCCACCAUAAUUUUCAGUAUUUCUCCAGGCUGACUUGAAGUGUAGAGCAGAAUUCAUAAUUCCGAUGUUGACUCCCGUACCUUGGUAAUUGAAGAUUGCAAGGCAUCUGCACUGGUAAGAGGAUUGACUGUAGGACACAGCAAAAUUUUAUUUUGUUCGCGAAGCUCCAACAGUCACACCCCCUUUUUCAUAUGGGGGGUUUCUGGAUAUUCUGGCCCCAAAAAUUUUCACAAUUUUUCAAAUAUUUUGGUUCAAUGCUAAUACGUUUCUUCAGUUUUUCUUACGUAAAUUUCAGGAAUGAAACGAUUUUUCUCAAAAUAAGAUAAUUGCCAUGUCUCGCUAAUUGUAUUCUGAUUUGUGUUCUCAUAAGUCGGGUUAAGAUCGGAAAAAAAGAGUAGAUCCAUUGCACAAUAUUGGCUAUACAUCUGCACUAUUAUUGCGUAGAAAGACUAUUUCAGCACUUACAAUGCAAUCAGAUCUACAUUAGUAUCGUGAAUCCAUAAAUAUACAGCCGGAAUAUAGCAUUAUCGUCAGCUCCAUAUACGUAUAUAAACCUGAUAUAACGCGUCCAUGCCUAAACAAUCUUUAAAGUAAAUGCUGUACAUAUGCAUUUAGUGCUAUAAUAGAGCAAAUAUAAAGCCAAUAUAACGCUAAUGCGUUACUUUGGGUUAAUUUGUUAUGCAUCUCCUCUAGAAAAAUUGUAUUCGGCGAUGGAUAUUUUUUAAGUUAAAUAGUCUAGUGUACAGCCAUUUAGUAAUCUAGUGGGUGCAAAUUCAAUAAUGUGUCCUUGCCAGAGCUAUAAAUACUUUUCCAUACAGAAUGUUCUCUUUGUCGUAAUGAAUACUGUUAAGUUUUGUAUCAAAUGACAGUUUCGAAUCUAAUGAUUUCGCAUACAUGUUGAAAUAGUGAAAAUAUUGUGGAAAUGCAUCAAAAAUAUAUCAAAAUCAGCGAUAAAAUAAUCGUUUUUGUGGCACAUACCGUAUGAGCGAUUUAUUCUUCCAUGACUCAAAAUUUGAAAGGAUUCUGAUGGUAAAAAUCGCUAUCAUAUUCCAAGUCACUUUUGUUGGGAUAUUCAUGAUAAUAUGCUGUUGGUCACGGUUUAAAAGAAAUUGAAACACGUAUCAUUUUUCAUGUGGUAGUGGUAUGAUUAACACAGUUCUGAAAUAAUUUGUCAGGUGCUGCUAUGAACGAACCAUAAAAAAUGCAGAAUUGAAAUCAGAUUGUAUCAAUUGUAUGGCACUUAAAAAUUAUGAUCAAAGCACAAGCGGACUGAAACAUUUAUGGGCUAUCCCAAGAAAUUGAAAUUCAUUGCCAAUGCAUCUAUUCGAAAACGCUUGUUUCUAAUAUCGCCGUUCAACGUGAUUUAAUUUAAAGCCAAAGCGUUUCACAAAUACCACUUACAAUAAUCAACGCGCAACAUGUGCUCAAGAAUUUAAAAAUGCCUCUCGUUCCAUCGCAAAUAAUAGUUAGUCCUCCUCUCUUCCGUGGAACGAAGAGAUAGAGAAAGGCGCAAUGGGAACUCUAUCAUUGAUUAAAUAAUGAGCUAAGUUUCAUCGGGAUACAUCAAAUCAGUGUCGUUUGAUUUCAAUCAUGUCUAACUGGAAAAUGGUAUGCGCCUACUCAAGAGACGGGUCGUAGCAAUCAUACCUUCAAAAAAGAUUAGUUUACCUUUUUGUGGAACGUUUUGAUAGAAUACCGAAAAUAACAAAUUAAAAGAGAGUGUUACUUUUAAUUCUACCGCUCAAUUCAAUAUAUACCACCUGGUGGAAUUAAAAAGAAAUUUUCUCUUUUAUUUUUUGAUUUAAUCUAGUUUAAUUAGUUACAAAUUAGUUCAACCUUUUUACAUCUUUGGUAGACAAAUCAUAAUUUGAAGAUAGCUUAUUUGUCAAACAUACCACACGUCUCCAUCGAUUUCAAAAAUCUCACACACGUACACGACACAAACACACGAAGGCUAAAUUCCUUCAUACAGUAGCUUUUGAACCAGAAGAAGUGUUUCCUCGUCGUCGUCGACUGAGUCAGGUUCUAAGCCCAUCUACCGUCAGUUCAUACAUAGUGAUACCAGAUAGAGUUAGAACCUGAAUCAGUUCUGCCUCAAACACUUAACCCUCUGGCAGACGCGCCAUUGUCUACAUUUGGGCGACGAUUUCGCCUGCAUCUUAGAACGUUGUGUACUCAGUGCACUGCACAUCUCCUGGAGGGGUAAGAUUCCUUCUCAUAUCCACCCGGUCAGAAAUUUCGGCGAUAUUUACUCGUCAUCGAUUGGUAAAAGUGCCUCUUCAAAGCUAACGAGCGAAAUCCAUUGAACGCGGUUCAAAACUCCAACGAGAAUCUUUAACAGCAAAUUACACAUACAGAUAGCAAAGUAGCAGUCAUUGGAAAGUAAGCGAAUUACGUGAUAGUAGGAUAGGAUUGUUUGCUAGCAAAGAUACCCCUUGUCCGCUCAGAAUAAAACGUGUCACCUGGACAGCAUUCAAUGGAAUGGGGUUUGAAUCGAAACAUGCAUUCUGAAAUUCGAUCCCGCAACAAAGAACAAGACCAGUUAGAUGAUCGAAGAAAAUUGAUACCAAAAGGUGAGAUCGUUAGAUGAAUGCUAAGACCAUGCAAGAUGUUUUAACAUAAAAUUCGAGCGGAACUGGAAAUUAUAGAUAAAUAAAGUUGAUAAGCACAUAAAUAGACACGUUUGUAUAAAAUAAGAAGCACAUAUAUUCCUCACAAAAUGAAAAAUGCAUCGGUGUUUGUGUGAUACUUUAUUGAGCUCGACCUGUUACUACAGGAUAAGCAAGUGGAACCAUCAGAUAUUGGCUGAGAAACGUUUCACUCAAACUGUUCACCAUAAAUUCGAUUUUUGUAGUAACUAAAUAAUAGUAUUAGAUAAUUAUUUUAUUUGGAACACUAAUCAGCAAAUUCAUAAUAUGAUAAGCAGUUUGCCGACGUAUAGCAUCAGUUUACAUAAGUUGAUUCAAAAUAAGUUUUUUUUUAAAUCUUGUCCUAAACAAAGAUAUCAUUUGAAAUAUAAUUACUGUCGUGAUUCGCUGGUUGGACCACAGCCUCUGUCCAACUAACGAAUAUGAGUCGAUAGUUGGACUGACUGACAGAUGUCAUAAACUCUCCAAAGGAGACGUUAGUAGUAUAAAUGUAUUUGUUCACAACUCUAAUUAUUGUCAGAUUGAUUGUCAAAGUAAAUUUGACAUGAGAUGUUGGUAUUCAGAUGCUUUUUAGUUGGAUAAUGGUCCCGCUAGCGGAGGUCCAACCCAAAAGCGGUCCAGUUAAAAAGUGUCCAACCAGCGAAUCACGACUGUAUAUAUUAACAAUCUCAUAAUAUGUGAAUAGAUCUUUGACCGUAAGUUAGACAAACUAUUUACAGUUUGUGGAUGGCGCACAACAAUUAAGGUUCAACUGAGAAAAGCUCUAAAAGCGGUAACCUUGAAAAACGAAAACAACAGUUUUUUCGUUGUAAAGUGAGAGCAUCAGGAAAAAGGAAUAUUCAUUAAUACCAUCACUCGAGCCAUGAUCCAUUUGGGUAUUGCAUCAGGAUGCAGCAAUCUGUAGAUGAUAACCCAGCGAUAAUUUGUGGGUUAAUUUGGUCAUAAGUUCGCCAAUUUUUGUUCAAUUCGGUUACUUAAUUUUAUGCUUAAGCCUUACGGUGCCGUGAAUCUUUUGCGUAUUUACAAAAAUAAUAGGUAAAAAAAUUUAGGUCUGUUUAAUUCAGUACACUCAGCUCUUGUGAAUAAUAGAAGAAAUAUGGGGGGAAUCCGACUUUGGUGCUUCGUGGUUUCAUUCACAUCGCAUGUUUGCAGGUCUAGUUGGUCUUGCUGAUUCUCUGGUACACCACUAGCCGUAGUGGAUCCAGCGAUUCAGGUUGGAGGGUGGUUUCCAGUUGAUUGAUACCCCGACGACCCUAAACUGGUGGUCCACAACGGUGGAGCUAGACUACCUCGGUGGAGAGUUCCCCAACGAAAAAAUGUCUCUUGAAACCGUUGUUAUUCUUGCUUCGAUGCUGUCUGGCAGAGUGCCAAGGUAUGUCCUGCAAUUCCGGGAGGAGGAUAGCGUUCGGUUCACUGGUGCUAUCCGGGCAGAUGCCGAGUUCGCUUCUACGAUUCUGGAUGGAGGGUGACUUCCAGUUCACAGGUACCCCGACGACCAUUUGCCGGUGAUACUUCACGAUGUACGCGAACUAGUCCCCGGCGGUGAGCCUAGCCUCCUCCGACGGAGAAGAUUCCCCACAUCGAAUGUUCUCUUGAAACCGCUAUCUCGAUCGGUAAAGUGCCAGUUCUCAGGAGCCCCGACGACCUUUCGCCCACGAUGCGUCUAGUUCGCGGCGGUGGAUUUAGUCUACUCCGGUCGCACCCGUUGGUCUCCUUUAUCUCUCUUCAAUAGAUUGACUUGCCGAGUGCCAAGGUCGGUCCGACGAUUCCGGUUGAAGUGUGAUCUCCGAUUCGUCGGUACCUCGACGACCCAAAGCCCUGUAUUGUUACGUUGCUAGCAGUUGCUCCUCUUGCCAUUACCUUUGCGAGGCUGACAUGAUCUUAACGACUGUUCUGUUCACCGCGUCCUCAUAAACAAUGGAUUUUAUUUCGUUUCGCUCGUACUCGAAUCGCGGACAUUCGAAGACCACGUGCUCAGGCGCUUCCUGUGCGGGCACGCGAUGCAGAACGGCGAUUUCGCGUGCCCGAACCUGUUCAGAAACUUCUAGACAUAACCAAGAUUAGAAAAGAAUUGCGUCAUGUCAAAGUUCGCUUCUCAGGAAGUUUUGUUCACCCACACCGACAGGCAUGGGAUUAGCGUUAUCCCACUGAUGUUGCCACUAGCAUAAGGUAUCAGUUCGGGCUUGUGUACAGACUCCUCUCGUGCCUCAAUCCAUAUAACACUCGCUAGUUUCUUCGAGUAGAAGGUUUAUGAGAAUCAUUCCAGCUCUCACAUAGACUGCCUCUGACAAGAUAUUUCGAUACGCGCUCGAAGCCCGCUUGGCCAUCAGGAUGAACGUGCUGUUCAGCCGAGAUCUGUUCCUCUUCGUCUGCAGUGCCGUCACCCAUGCAGGUCCUGCGUAUCUGAACACCGAUGUGGAGAGUCGGAUUUUACUUCUGUUCGCCGAAUUGUUUGGCAUGAUGAUUAAGUCUAUGAUUGUUUACCAAAACCACCUCGGUUUUGUGUUAAGCUAACGCCAGCCUCUUCUUGCGCAUCCUGUUUCUACAGUAUCUAUCGACUCCGUGGUGAGCACUUCCAAUUCCUCUAGUCAAUCAGCAACAGCUUCAACACUACGUCGUAGAUAGCAUUCCAAACAGUUGGACCGAGUAUGGAACCCUGUGGAACGCCCGCUGUUACGGUUACACUUCAUUUUCCGGCGUCAGCUUCGUAGAUCAGUUGCCGGUUAUAAAAGUAGCUCCUCAGAAUUAUACAGAGGUACUCGGGAGCUCUGUCUGAGCGGCGAAUCGGCGAUUGCCCAACUAGCGCUGUCAAAGGCGUUUUUACGUCUAGUUACGUUACGUUUUCUCUUCUCUUUUGCUUUUACGCUGCAUCCACAGUAUCCAGAACCGUUAGUAUGGUAUCCUAAGUGGAUCUACUUUUCCGGAAGCCGAACUGCAUAUUGCAUAGGUCAUUCUCUCUCCGCUUAUGUUGUAAGCCUGUAACGGAUUACUUUUUCAAGCACCUUCCCGACUGCACCCAACAGACAUAUGGGCUCCAGGGAACUUGUCUGGUGGCACCACCAGCUUUUGUUGCUUCUACGCGGUCCCAAACAUAUCCAGGUUUGUUAGGAUUGCUGUUUUCAGUGCCACGUUGGGGAACCGUCUGGUCCUUGGGCCUUCUGACUCACAAAGCUUUUACCUCCACUAUCAACUCCUCGCUGGUUACUCGAGCUUUUUAUUUGCGGUCAUUCUAAGCUCCAUACGGCGUUUGUUUUGAUUUUGAAAGACUGAGACAGCCGAUUUCAAAAUCUCCAACAUCGAAUCCCAGUCGUGAUCUACAUCUUGUUAUGUGCGGCUCUUGCUGCCUUAUACGCUGGUCUUAGAGCUGCUCUUUCAGCGACGUUGUGGGAUAUAUGCAUUCUCCUCCCGGCUCGGUGGCAACUUGCACGUAGGUCAACAAUCGGCGACUGUACCUUGGUUUAUUCUCUCUUGGUAUGGUUGCACUACACGCUCUUGCUAAUGCCGUGAACACUUCAUCUGCAAGCCUCUUGUCUUGUCGAAUUUCGUUGUUUUCCACUACCGCUUGUUUGAUUGAGUUACACGCGCUUCCGAUAGUGUACCGGAUCGCUUGGUGGUCGCUGUGAGUGCACUUCUCGCACAUUCUCCAAUUCAAACUUCCUGCUGGCCAUGGGCUGCGAAAGAUAAUGACAAUCACUCAUUCUGCCGGUUGUACUAUCGUUGGCAACAUCUACGUUCAGCUUUGUAAAGGCCUCGAGUAGACUACUCCCCAUUGAGUUGGUGAAGCGGGUGCCCAAUUCCACUACCCAAUUCCAAUGCCCACGUGUUGAAAUCGUCGGCAAUGCCGACUGGUCUCCGAUUGAUAAGUUCUUUUGUCAUUUUUUCGAGCAUUUCUAUGAAUUUAUUAACCGUCCACCGCGGGGGUGCAUAGCAGCUGCAGAAAAAGACUCUAUUGAUUUUGUGCGAUAAGGAAUGGAUAUCUUCCCGUCGUUCAAAUCGACGCUGAUUUUGCGUUAUCUGAAAUAUAUGGCCGGGAUACGGUAUGGAUCCAUCGAUUGUCGCAGCAAGUGAUGUGCUGUGUCGCAGUGGUUGAGGUUGAUUUGCAUUACCUCCACUGUGAUUUCGUUGCAAUCGCCUGUUUGAAAGCCGAAUAUCGUGGGCCAACUGUAUCCUAGUUAUUUUCUUUCUUUGCAUAGAUCAGACAUCUCGAAGUCUGUCGGCAGUCUUUUGCCUUGUGCUUUCCCCGCACUUUCUGCAUAAUUUGCUCCUGUCAGGUCCACUGCAGUUUCCAGCCAGGUGGUCAAACUUUUGACACUUGAAGCACACUUACGGUCGCUGAGAGACACUCAGUGGACAUCCAACUUUGAUCUUCCCGGUUUUCUUGUGCCAGUGCCUUGUUAGUAUGGAUAUUCGUAGAGACCGGUGCCGUAGCUACUUUAGCAUUUCAGCAAAACAUCGCUUACAGCGUCCCAGAAGGGAAAGCUUCAGUUUCUACUCGCACUGUUUGUGCGCGGGACAUGUCGGGUGAUCAUGUGGAUUUCCCCCACAGUAAAGACACUUUUCUACAUCUCUGAUACAGAAGUCAUCUACAUAAUUCCCAUCGUUUUUUUUUCCAUAUCGAACCUUAUUGCUACAACGGGUGGUUGUGUGACCCAGUUGUUUAUGUUGUUUAAUGUUUAUAAAUCGCGGCACAAAAAGGUGAACAUGUAGAUGAACCUUGUCAAAGAGGAGGCAGUUACGUAGAGCAGAACCGGCGAAGGUCACCGUAUAAGAGUCUGAGUUGACAAAGUCCUUUUCCCGUCAGCUGCGGCUGAUGCUGAAUGCAAACGUUUGCAGUCCAGUAUCACCACAGGCUGAAUGAGGUCUUUAAAACGAUCAACCCCAUCGGCCAGUAGAUCCGCGCAAUUUGAACUCGAAUCGGAAGCGAUUCCACCAAUUUCAACCCGAUUAGCUGAUACCUACUUCAAACUAUGUACCACCACCCGAGGCGUAUUUUUGAUAUUUCUCUCACAGCCGAACUUGAGAAAUAUGCAAUAAACUCCAACACUGGUUGUCUUUGGCCCGGAAAAAGAUCACAAAGCGGUCGAUUGAGCAGGGUGGGUAUAAUUAUAGUUGGGGAGUCGAUUUUACUUCGUCAUCCACAUCACCUUGAGGGGAGCAUACAAUAGAUUUUAAAUUGUAAGUUUUACUUACAUGACUUUUGAAUUGUAUACGUCUGAAAGCUAGAGUUGCUCUAUUUGAGUGAAACAUGUUCCAAAUGUUCAACAAGUUGCUCUGAUUUUCUACUUGUUUGCUCCGUAACAAAUCUGUAUACAGAAAAAUUAAAAAAAAAAGAAACUUGAACGGUAGAGCAUCGGACUAAUAGCCAAUAUAAUCUCUCUGAAACGUAUCUCAGCAAAAUGUCCCCUGGUUCCAUCUAUCUUCCGACACCUAUAUAGGAAUGCUUUUCCACAUGUAAGAUCACGGCCAUGACAUUUUUCACCAUAUUGACACAGUUUAUUUAUAAGCGUUGCAUACGAAUGCAUGCAAGUCAACCAAUAAAUGAGAUAUAGGCAAAAAUAAGCGAACCAAAUCAAUUAUUAUAAAUAAAUAUCAACUAGUAGAUAUUAGGCAAAAUAUGGAAAAAAGAAAUAAAAUGCUCAUAGAUAAAAUUGACACUAGCAGCUAGAAUUUUAACGAUUCAAAAUGUUAAACGUUUUAAGUAAAAAUUCGGAAAAUAGCUUCCAUUUGCUCAUAUUACAGCAGUGAGUGUGUUCCCAUUUUGUACUUUUAUACUCAUUACUUUCAAUAAUACUGUUGGCGUAGCCAAUUGUAUUCUUUUACAAACCCGAUUUUUCUAUACUUCUUAACAAAAUUCACACUCCUUUCAUUUUGUGUUUAAGGGAUUUUUAGGAAAAUAUAUCGUUGAAAAUGAUUUGUAAAUAUUUUUUUAAUUACUAGGUGAGAAUACGUGCAACAAAAUGGAGAAACACAAAAACAUAAUAUACGAAAGAACUGUUCAAUCUAAAAUUUUAAUGUUCCGGAAAAGAUGUUAUUUUAAUCUAAACCAUACGGUAUUAUUAUAGGUAAAUUCUACAGCGUAACCACGAACUUUAAAGAAUGCCAUUUCGAGUAAAAAGGAAUUUUAAUGGUUAUCAAAGCAGAUUAUGUAGCAGGGCUGAAAAUAAAUUUGUAAGAGCAAGCAAACAGCUGAACAUUAUAUUGUACUACAUGUUAAUAACGGAAUAAACCAACUCUGAUAAUGAAA